GCGGAGCGCCCCGAUGUUCGCGCAGGUCUUCGUGCUCUCGGCGCAGGGAGACCCGCUGCUCUACAGGGACCUCCGCGGCGAUGGCGGAGCCGACCUGCCCGCCGCCUUCUACCGCCGCCUCACGGCCCUGCCCGGCGGCCGCGCCCCGGUCUUCAUGGCCGCGGACGGUCCGGGGCUGCCCUUCGCGCACGUGCGCCACGGCGGGCUCUACCUGGCGGCCACCCUCCUGCCCGCCGCCUCGCCCUUCCUGGCCGUCGAGUUCCUCAGCAGACUGGCCGCCCUCCUGCGCGACUACUGCGGCGCCCUCAACGAGCAGACGGUCAGCCUCAACUUCGCCCUCAUCUACGAGCUGCUGGACGAGCUGCUGGACUUUGGCUACAUUCAGACGACCAGGCCUGACGUGCUGAAAAACUUCAUCCAGACGGAGCCCGUGGUCAGCCAGCACUUCAGCCUUCUCAACCUCAGCACCGUCGGCCUGUUUGGAGCUGACACACAACAAAGCAAAGUGGCCCCCAGCUGUGCUGCCACCCGCCCCGUCCUUCCUCUACGGGGAGAACAGGGUGCGCGGCCAGAAGUCUUCCUGGAUGUGGUUGAGCGUCUCUCUGUUGUCAUUGCGGCAAAUGGCACUCCCAUGAAGACUGAUGUCCAGGGGGAAAUCCGGCUCAAGAGCUUCUUCCCUGGGUGCUCCGAGAUGCGGAUCGGACUCACAGAGGAAUUCUGUGUGGGCAAGACAGAGGUGCGAGGAUACGGCACGGCCGUCCGCGUGGACGAAUGUUCCUUCCACAGCUCCGUGAAACUGGAGGAGUUUGAGCGCAGCCGCAUCCUCCGCGUCAACCCCAGCCAAGGGGAGCUGACCCUGAUGCAGUACCAGCUGGCAGACGACAUCCCUUCCGCUCUGCCCUUCCAUCUGUUCCCCACCAUUAACCGUGAUGCCAGCGGCAGGCUCCAGGUGUACCUUAAGAUGCGUUGUGACUUGCCCCCCAAGAGCCACGCUGUGAACGUCUGCCUCCACCUGCCUGUCCCCAGGGCCUCUCUGAGCCUCGCUCAAGAGCUGAGCAGUCCAGAGCAAACGGCUGCCCUGCAGUCCAGCACCAAAUCCAUUGAGUGGCUGGUGCCCAGAGUGCAAGGCGGGUCCCAGCUCUCCGCCCUUUUUAAGCUGGAGGUGCCAGGGCUGAGCCAGGCCAUGUUGCGGGAGCUGGGGCCCUUGAACCUCUCUUUCGAGGUGCCGGCCUACACCUGCUCAGGCCUGCAGGUACGCUUUCUGCGCUUCACAGGGCCGCAGCCGAAUCUUCCUUAUCGCUGGGUGCGGUAUGUGACGCACAGUGACUCCUACGUCAUCCGCCUUAAUGCGGGGUAG